AUGAGCAAUGCAAUGAUCGUUGCUCUUGUAGGGAGUCCUUCGAAACGAAGAAAUUCCAUCUUGGCGAGUGCCUUUGAUGAAUCCAGUGCUCGCGAAUUGGUUUCUAGAGCCUUUACAAAAACACAAGAAUCUCCUCGUGUCCAUCAACAACAACAUCAACCAACGAAUGCAACCUCCUCGAAUACAGUAAUCCAUCAUUGGAAUCAUCAUAUAACUCCUCCGCAAUAUGCACUUCCAGAAGAAACCUUAUUGAAUUUACUGUCCAUGGAAGUUUCUCCUUCUGAAUUGCAAGAACGAUUUAAACAGUAUUUUGUGGAGAAUGAAAGAGUCAUUCAACAUUACAAGAAGAGUUUGGAGGAAUAUCGAGAAAAAUUAAAGCAUGCAAAUGAGGAGACGGAAUUUUAUUCAAAUCAGGUUCAUCAGUUGACUCGUGAAUUAAAUGCUUUAACGCAAGAAGUUCAAGAUGAAAGAGAUAAGGUGAAACAAUUGACAAGUGACUUGAAAGCUGUCCAACGGGAAUGUAAAUUAUUGAACAAGAAGAAUCAAGCUCUGCAACAAAAAAUUGCAAAAAGGAAUUCAUGUAUUAAUCAUAUUUCCUCUCAUUUGAAACAAGUGCAAGAAGAUUUUCGAAAAUCAAAACAACAGAAUGAACUUCGAAUUGAGGAAUUGAAACAUGAAAUACAAAUUUUACAACAGCGUCAUUCACAACAUCAGGAAUCGAUUCUGGAACAAACACCUGUCUACGAACAGCCCUCUUCGAUUCGCUCUUCUGUCACAUCAGACUCUACUUCUCCUGAUGAUCGACUGUUUCAAGCUUUACAUCAAUUACAAGUGGAACGAAGCAAUUUACGUCUCGAAUUUGAAAAGCACGUGACUCUCAUGAAAGAGUCCAUUAUUAAGGGCCUAGAUUCUAAAAGAAUGCAAUUAAGGUUGGAGAAUAUUCAUCAAAAAACUUCAUCCCAUGAAGGACCAAAAACAUCAAAUCAUGCUUGUUCUUCUCCAUCUUCUACUUCACAAUGA